AUGACGAUCCUGAUCCCGGUGGUCUACGACAUCUGUGUGGAGCUGAACUACGGGGCCGCUAUGUCCGGUCUGGUGUUGGGUUCCCAUUUGGCUUUGCAGCCCGUGGGCCUCUUCCUAGGACGCCUGGUGACCAGCCAGCCCUAUGCGCGGCAGCGUGAGGCACAGCGCAAGUCCCUGGUCUGUGCGGUUGUGAGCUUCACAGCCGAGCGGGCCUUCACGAGCAGCGCCAUAGAAGUAGCCACCGGCCUGAUUCUGGAGACGCAGUAUGAGUGGAAGGUGCAAGCCAUCGGCUUCGUGAUGGGUGCGGUCUUCGCGGGUACGGUCGUGAUGGGUUGCCUGGCCCUGUUCGUUCGAGGGCGGUGGGUGUCAGAUCGCCAUCUCAUGAUGAUCUUGGCCGUUGCCAGUACCUUGGGGUCACUUUUCUUUGUUGAUUGGGCAGGUGUUGGUGGUCCACAUUCGGCCUUGCUGCUUCUAGUCGCGGACAUCCUCAACUUUACCUGCAUGUUCCAACUCUCCGGAUUUAUGGAUGGUGUUGCCAUGCAAGCCGCGGUCCCAGAUUCCCUCUGCAGCUUGCAGAACUACAUCGUCUUGAAGCAGCUGGCGAUCUUCAUUCCGCGAGCCUUGGCACCGCCUCUUGUGCGAUAUGUGAUCGCAGCCUUGGGGCGGAAUGCCUACGCUGCGGCGCAGAUCGCCCUGACCCUCACCGCUGUGACCAGCGUGGGUUUCGUGGCCCCCUUUGCCAAAGAAGCAAAAGGAGAAGAGCCCCCAUCCAAGCUUCCCUUGCAGCCGGAGAAGAUGCAAACGCCACAAUGCAAAGUGGGCGGAGAUUUCCCGUCACUGGAGCCAGAACUUCCCGCCUCCUCGUCGCAAGAGGAUGAGGAUGGGUACUCCUGGGAUGAGGAGAGGAUAUCGGCAACCGGCUUGAGUGCUUCCAGCGUCCUACAUCUUAGUCAUCCGAAGUACUUCAGCCAAUGGCUCCUGCUCCUGAUGUUGCUGCUCUCCACGGUGGACAUGACGAUCCUGAUCCCGGUGGUCUACGACAUCUGUGCGGAGCUGCGCUACGGGGCCGCCAUGUCCGGUCUGGUUUUGGGUUCCCAUUUGGCUUUGCAGCCCGUGGGUCUCUUCCUGGGUCGCCUGGUGACCAGCCAGCCCUAUGAGCGGCAGCGGCAGCUGGUGAUUGUCGGCGCCUGGGUGCUUGUGCUGCUGACGUGGUCUGGUGUUGCGGCGCUCGAAAUGAGCCACCGCUGGCAGGCUAGCACGGUGAUGCUCCUGCUGUUGGCAUCGCGCGCCCUUGGCGGCCUUUCUGUGACUUUUGUUUCUACCCCCCUGGAAGCCCUGGCCUUCCAGGGGGCCUCCAUGCGCAAUCGCGCCACGUUGUCGCUUUGCUACUUCCUCUCUUUGGGUGUGGGCAUGUGUCUGGGCCCCCUGCUGUGUUCCACACUGCUUGAGAUCUACAAGGCAAGUGACGCUUCCGUGAGUGGCCAGGGCGUCGUGAGUUUCGUGGGGACGCUCUGGUCGAUCUACGCCCUUUUGCUGACCAUGUUUCUCCCCAAUCUUCCCGAAGGAGAAGAGAGCGUGUGGAGCCUUGAGGACCAGGAGGGAGGGGUGGAGGAUGAUCAUUGGGAUGGCGUCAGUGAGGCGCAACGCAAGUCCCUGGUCUGCGCGGUUGUGAGCUUCACAGCCGAGCGGGCCUUCACGAGCAGCGCCAUCGAAGUAGCCACCGGCCUGAUUCUGGAGACGCAGUAUGGGUGGAAGGUGCAAUCCAUCGGCUUCGUGAUGGGUGCAGUCUUCGCGGGUACGGUCGUGAUGGGUUGCCUGGCCCUGUUCGUUCGAGGGCGGUGGGUGUCAGAUCGCCAUCUCAUGAUGAUCUUGGCCGUUGCCAGUACCUUGGGGUCACUUUGCUUUGUUGAUUGGGCAGGUGUUGGUGGUCCACAUUCGGCCUUUCUGCUCCUAGUCGCGGACGUCCUCAACUUUACCUGCAUGUUCCAACUCUCCGGAUUUAUGGAUGGUGUUGCCAUGCAAGCCGCGGUCCCGAAUUCCCGCUGCAGCUUGCAAAACUACAUCGUCUGGAAGAAGCUGGCGAUCUUCAUUCCGCGAGCCUUGGCGCCGCCUCUUGUGCGAUGUGUGAUCGGCGCCUUGGGGCGGAACGCCUACGCUGCGGCACAGAUCGCCCUAACCCUCACCGCUGUGACCAGCGUGGGUUUCGUGGCCCCCUUUGCCAAAGGAGAGGAGCCUCCAUCCAAUCUUCCCUGGCAGCCGGAGAAGCUGCAGACGCCACAAUGA